GGGCACUGCGCGCGCGUCGACCGCUGAUCAGAAAAUCCAUAAAAAAAUACGAAUCGAAUUCGAUUUCGAAUUAUCUAGUGAAUGUGACAUUACUUUUCUUCUUUUUUUUUAAUCACCGGAGUGAUGACCAAGUGGUUUGAAGACUAGUGUUUUUGCGAUUCGUGUUGAAACUUGAAGGGUUAAUAAAACUGUGCCUUAUCGGAAUGCGUAGAGAUCGUCACGCACGGCCGGCCCAGAAGACUAUGGAGAAGUAGCCCGCCGGUGGCAGUUUGUCGGGUAAUUAAUUCCGAUUGCAAUGAAAAGCAAGCAUAACGGAAACGCAAUACGAAUGUAAACAAAAAACUUGCGCAGUGAACAAUGAACCGUGACUAUUACAAAGUGAUGUACACCAACAAGAACUGCAAUCGCAAUGUGAUGGACACUCAGGACGUGCUAGACAACGAUACCGAGUUUAACGCGAACCGGUUCAAACUUUACGAUGACUUCGCUACGGAUCUCCGUUUCAACUUCAGUACAUUGAGGAAUUUCCAUGAUGUUGUAAGGAGUGAUGUGAGUAGGCGAAGAGGAGACCCCAACGACUCUGGUGUGGACGUAGAGAACGGCAACCUAUUGGAUGACGCCACCACAUCGAACGAUAGCGAUCUGUUGGAGAACGAAGUUAUGGUAGAUACGUGGAGCAGCAUGGACUCAUCGAAUUCUCCAUUGACUGACUCCGGACCCUCCGCCAGCGACGACUGCACCCCUUCCACGUCGAGCGAACCGCCGCGCGGCCCGCCACAAGCAUCUUCCCCACACUCGGAUACGCGCCGCUUACCGGACCCAAAAGACCCCAAACCCAAAUAUCCCAAACAUGCACCCAAACCAGACAAGGCGCGCACCCGAGAUCUCACCCUGGAUCUAGAUAACUUAGAUUCCGAACACAUCCCCCGCCGGCCCCACUUUCUCGACGACGACUACCACCCAUCUAAAUCGAACAUCGAAUGUCGAAUCCCCAAGCCACACUUCCUCGACCACUCGCCUUCCCCGGACGAGUUCGACGAACGUAGUGACAUCACCAACCCGAAUUUCCUAGACGACGAAGUGGAUGGCGACGACAACCAAGCACAAAAGAAAGCAGGAGCAUUUCCGAAACGACCGACCAAAACACAGUCUUCCACUUACACAUCACAAGAAGACAGACCGCACAGAACCAAUUAUAGAAGUACCCUGCACUAUGGGCUGGAGAGUGCGGCUAGAUCGAGUGAGCGCGAUAAAAGGGCCUCCCAACUUUAUAGAGGGACGUGGCCCGGCGAGCGCGACGUGUGGACCGCACACGACUCCUCCAGUGUACGAAGCUUUUCAAGCAACGGCUCGGACUGUACUAGACCCUCAUCUAAUUUAGAAAACAAAAUGGAGUGCGUCUGUUCUCUUAUCUCUCUUCUGAGCCUAUCCCCCGAAAAUAAUGCGGACCUCAGCGGGCCACUGUUAGAUAUGAGCAGAUCUGUUGAAAGCUGCGUUGCAAUGAGACAAGCGGGAUGUAUUCCUCUACUGGUCCAAUUAAUACAUUCAAAAGUACCAAGGGAGACCAGAGACCGCGCAGCAAAAGCUCUCCGCAACAUUAUUCACACACAGACAGACGACAAAGCGGGCAGACGAGAAGCGAGAGUGUGGAGACUAUUAGAACAAGUUAGAGAAUAUUGCUACGUACUAGAGGACUUGGUAGAAUCUAGAAAAGAAGGGAAAGAGGCAAUAGAAGAUGACAUCAGCAAGCACCCAAGCCAGAGUGUGGCCGCUUUGAUGAAGUUAUCCUUUGACGAGGAGCAUCGGCACGUGGUAUGUCAAUUAGGAGGGCUACAGGCUCUCGCGGCAUUGGUCAGCGGCGACCAAGCCGCGCACGGAAGCAGAACUGACGACAAUACGUGCUUGACGAUGAGAAAAUACGCUGGUAUGACGUUGACGAACCUGACAUUCGGGGACGGGAACAAUAAAUCAUUACUGUGCUCGUUCAAAGACUUCAUGUUGGCGCUGGUUGAACAACUGGAGUCUCCUAAUGACGACAUGCGACAGGUUACUGCAGCAGUUCUCCGAAAUCUAUCAUGGAGAGCCGAUACUAACAGCAAACAAGUCCUAAGAGAAGUGGGCGCCGUAAAAGGCCUAACAAAAGCUGCAAUGACAUGCCAAAAAGAAGCUACUCUGAAAUCCGUUCUUUCUGCCCUUUGGAAUCUUACAGCUCAUUGCUCCAUGAACAAAGUGGCUCUGUGCUCUGUCGAUGGAGCUCUGGGCUUUCUCGUAGACAUGCUCAGUUACAAUUCUCCCACAAAGACGUUGGCCAUAGUGGAAAAUGCAGGUGGCAUCAUGCGAAAUGUGUCCAGUCACAUCGCAGUCCGCGAAGAUUACAGACAAAUUCUCCGGGAGAGAAAUUGUUUAAGUGUCUUGCUUCAGCACCUCAAAUCCCCUAGCCUUACAGUCGUCAGCAAUUCGUGCGGUACUCUGUGGAAUCUGUCAGCGCGGUGCCCUCAAGACCAGCAAUUUCUGUGGGACCAUGGGGCGGUACCGAUGCUGCGGAGUUUGAUACAUUCCAAACACAAAAUGAUCGCUAUGGGAUCAAGUGCUGCACUCAAAAAUUUACUCAACUCUAAACCCGGAAAGACUCAUAUAAUUUCCCUGGAUACGACGGCGAGGAGUAUGAAUUUACCCGCGCUACCAACCCUCGGAGUGAGAAAGCAGAAAGCGUUGGAGCAAGAACUAGACCAGAACUUAGCAGAAACGUGUGACAACAUAGAACCAGCCACGUCUCCCUCCACCAGCAAUAGAGAAGAAAAGAAUCUCUUCACAGCUACUGAGAGACAAAUCGCUAUGAACCUAGAGAGGCACAGAAUGACGUCGAGUUCCCCACUGAUGGGCAAUCUUGCAUCCCAAAUAUCGCUAAGCCAUAGUGCACAUUUAGCCAGCUACCUGAGCUGCAGCAAUACACUUUUAAAGGGAGCGUUAGUGUCUCGAUCAUCCGAAGGAAGCUCUACUAACGUCAACAGAUCAGACAGUAAGGAUUCCGUGACAAGUACUCAUUCCGAUUCAGUUUUCGAAAGAGGAAUGCGGACAGGAAAAGUUCCCGUGCCUACACCGAGGAGUAAAGACUUGAUGAAGAUGGACACGGGAAGCGAUACCUUCAAAAGUCCGAAGCCAUUAUCGAAGGAUGCCACCUACCUUCGCUACUCCGGCCAACCACCCAUUCCGCCUCCGAGAAGCUCAACAGACAUGCGAACCAACUACACAGAAUCUGGUUAUGACGUCGACCAGGAUUCUUGCGACCAACCCAUCGAUUUCAGCAGAAAGUACUCGGAAACCAAAACUGAAUCGGAACCUGUUGAGAAACCUAAAGUGGAGACUACAAAGUAUUCUAAAAAGGAGCCAAACACCUUCGGCGAUUACCAAGAGACUGAUUUGGACCAACCGACGGAUUACUCCUUGCGUUAUGCGGAGCACCAAUCAGAGACCGGCUCGGAUAUAUCCGAACCCCCAGCUCCUUCCGUUCACGAGGAUACAAUCAAACAUUUCGCUACAGAAGGAACCCCUUACGAAACUCCAAUAAUAUUUUCCACUGCCACGUCUAUGUCUGAUCUCCGUAUAAUUGGCAAAGAUGGCAAACCGAAAACUUCAAGUGUUAAGGAACACCCCGAAGUUAUGACUCAUUCGGAUGAGAAGGACACUUGUUCCAUAGAAGAUCCACCAAGACACGAUAACGAUAUAGCGAUUUCAACACCACCUACCGCUUCAAUAUCCGACCCCGUUGUUGAAAAACGGGGUGUUUUCGACACGAAGUUUAGUUCGGGGAUGAUAAGCCCUGAAAAACCUGUGAAUUACUGUGACGAAGGCACGCCGGGGUAUUUCUCUAGAGUCAGUUCACUGAGCAGUCUCGGCGAGCCUACGGAAGAAGACAGCUUGGCUAAGAAAAAUGCACGAGCGUCCAUUAAUGUUGAGCCGAGUCCACAGGAGCAGAGUACUAGCAGUUCAGGAAAAGAUAAAGAAGGGUCAAAAGCGGUAACAUUCGCCCAAGAGCCCGUGUCCAUUGCACAAGAGGCGUCCGGCGCGGCGUCCGCGCGCACGUCAUCACCUCAACGGUUCAUAGAGGACACUCCACUCAUGUUCUCGAGGUCGAGUUCCUUGGGCUCUCUACCCGAAUGCUCGCAACAGGACGACCAGGGAUCCAUUGUCUCUGAAGUUAGUCGCCUGACAUCGGGCUGUAUAUCGCCGAGUGAGAUCCCGGACUCGCCCGGACAGAGCGUCCCGCUCUCACCGCGGUCAAGACACGCACCAGUUCUGGUGCGGACUGCGCCCACCACGCCACCCCUAGUGGAGGGUCGUAACAUAUCGGUGUUUGAGGAGCGUACGUCGCAGUUCGUAGUGGAGCACACGCCCGCGCAGUUCUCCGCCAACACCAGCCUGUCGAGCCUCACCAUCAACGACGAGCCCAAACUGCCAUUGUUGCUAGAGGACAUAAACAAGGAAGCCAACUCGGAAGUCAACUCUACACCACUUGAAGACCUACCCAACAGUUCUCAAGAUGUUGACACCAGUUCACCACCGGAUUUACCUGCAACGAAUGAAGCCAACGAUAGCAAAGGAGCAGACUCGUGCGGCGAGUGGGAGUCGACGGGUGGGAUCCACUCUUCGGACAGCGACGCGGCGAGCGAUAGAGAACUAUUACAGCAGUGCAUACAAAAGGGCAUCAUGCAGGUAGUGAAAAACAAGGGCCCCCCUUCCGAUGUAUCCUCUGUGAAUCCAUUUAGAGACGACGUCUAUAGGUCACUGCCGCCAUACUUGCGGUCAUCCACGGAGACGGUGAUGAUGCCUCACGACUUCGGCCGAAACGUCCGAGAAAGUAGCAGCCCCCUGCCCCCACCGCUGCCGCCCAAGGUGCGGCACCCUGAGGCGCCGCCCCGCCCGCCCCCGAUGGAGGACCAUCCGCUGGUGGAAGGACGAAGACACGAAAGCCGGCAAUUAGAGAAAACGCACCGCGACAGACCGAAACUGCCCACCGCGCAACAUCUCAUUAGAAACGACUCUCUCAGCUCCCUCAGCCUGGACUCCUUCGGCUCCACCGAUCGAGAGAUAUUCGAGGAAACCGUCAAAGCUGGUCUCUCGAGCGUCAACCCACGAGCAGAGUUCAGUCUCGACACCAAAGGUAAGGCGCACUCCGUAGAACGGAAACCAGAAUCCAUCAGACAGGGCAGGCAUCACAAGUCGCUAGAUAGAAGCGACAAGAUCGGCCAUCGUGGCCCCAAACUACGAGACCCAGAGUUCGAGAAGAAUCUCGCUUCUGGCGCCUAUAACAUCAAAACUACAAGCAAAGUAAAGAAGUUGGAACAAGAAUUUGCCGUCACAAGAUCACCUUACUCUUACCAUGGUGAAACUUCUAUGCAUCAUUCUAGAUUUAGAAAUCAUUCGCGAUUCUAUGACGACGGCCCUCCGAGUUUACCCGCUAGAAUCGACGACCCAAGAAGAUUAGAAAGGAGUAACUCCCUAAGUUCUUUAAGUAAUGACUCUUUCGGUUCCACUGAUAAAGAGGUGUUUGAAAGGUGCGUACGUAUGGGCAUGUCCAAACCACAACCGAAAAAGAGGGACGAAAAAUUAAGAGUAAGGAGUGACGAUAGGUUAGAAAUUAGAGAAUCCCAUCGUAGACGACGUAAUAAUACAAAACCACAUCAAGGAGCGUUAGAUAAAAUGGUGGGGGAGGAGUACAGUAAAGACAGGGCGAUAUUAGAGGAGGUGAUCGCGCGGGGAGCGGGAGAAAUCAAACCCGGGGAAGGAGGGAAUCAAAAAAAUCAGUCAAAAAACGUUCCGGCGCCGUCUGCGGUUCUCGCGGCCGCAGACGCGCGCGCCGACCACGCGCGAGGCAGCACUGGCUCUGAUCACGACUCCGCUAUCGACACAACGAUAGAAAUUACCCUCAACGACUCCAACGUAUCGAUAUUCGACCGCUCCAACGAAAUGGCGACUAUCGAUUCGGGAAAUACCACUCUAGAAUCCGACAGCAAUGAAUUAGAUCAUUCCAACGAAUGCUUGGCUAUUAAAUCCUGCAACACAACUGUCGAAUCGGAAAGGGACGAGCUAAAUAGAUCCAAUGAAUCGUACGCCGACGUUCUAGACGGUACUUGGAGUGAUGAGGAAGACAAACCUAAAGACUAUGACGCGGCUACACUUACUAGGAAAAACAAACACAAAUUAGAAUGGACUGAUAUAAAGUGUACGGAUAGUCUAAACCUUGAUGAUCUGUCCAAGAAAAGUAACGAUCAUGAUCACGAUACUUGGAACGAAAACACCUGUCCCGAUGACGUGACCUUCCCCACUAUAAGCGGUUCAGUCCACAUGGUUUCAUCUUUGAGAAGCGAAAUAGUAGACGCCGCUAUGGCACUCCCAGACUUACUAGAAAAGUCUGAGGCUCCCAAAUUAUUCUCUAAACUCGAUUUGACUGAUAAACUCGAUGGAGAUUUAGUUACAAGCGUAGACGGAAAGCUAGACGAUAAAAUGUUGCUAGAUAACGUUCCCGAACCGAGCUUCACGUCGCUCGUAGAUGACGGUGAACCGAAGUUUGACUCCAUACUGUCUUCCGCUAUAGAAAAGGAAGCUGCAAGAUUAGCGGCUCAGUUAAAGAACGCUCAAUUUACUAUGGAGAAUAGCGUUAGUUCUCUGACUUCUAUAGAUUUAGAUAACGUCAAACCACCUUCCAAUUUAGGUAGCCUGCUGUCUCUCAGUGCCUCAGGCCAUUGGGACGAAUCCCAAUCGCAAUCGUCGAAAAAAUCACAGAAGAGUCGAAAGAAAUCGUUACCUGUAGCUUUAAUGGUGAAACGAGCCCUGAGCAAUUCCAUGAACCAAGGGAGCUCUGAACAUCUGGAUAGUCUUUCUCUGAGUUUCCUCGACAACGUCAAGCCGCCUUCCGAAAUGGAACAUAUCGACAUGAAUGGGAGCAUGGUCUCAGUGACGAGUAUAGUUUCCGAGGUGGUUGAAACGAGAGAUAAUAAGACUCCAAUUAUAUUCGAUUUCAAACAACCCGUGCAAGAUUUUCCCCUUUGCACUACUUUCACAAAUGUCUUCCACGAUUUGGACAAAGUUAAUCCUCCAUCUUUGUUCGACGAAAUGGCGGAAUCCACGCUUGAAAACGAACCGACCACGGCGCAUCAAAUCUACGACGAUUGCGUAUCGAAUACUCUAAACGUAAUAACCGACAUUCCUUCUGGAUCUGAAACCUGCACGCCACUCCCUUCAGACAUAAGCAGCGUGGAAUCCACGCCGAAGAGACAGCGGGACUCGAAAUAUCUGACGCCAAAAGAAAAAAGAAUGGCAGCCAAGCAUAGAUACCAAACGUACACCAUCACAGACACGGUAUCAGAGAGUGACGUAGUUUUAAAGGCCGAGACAGAUGCAUUCAUGACGUGGACUAAAUCGGAGAGCGACAAGUCCGAUGAUUAUGUCAAAGUGACUUCUGAACCGAAAUCCAAGAGACGACUCAGUGCGAAACAGAGGCGAAUGGAGGAUAGGGCACGAUAUCAAACUCAAACCGUCGAUAUACAAAACAUUCUGAGUUCCCAAGAGUCGUCUCAGUCUACAGACCAGCCAAACCCUCACAUUGAGAGUUUAAAACAGCGCUUGGCUGCGAAAAAGACCUUAAAACAACGACGCAUGGAAGAUGCUGAAAGGUUUAGAACGAGAACUUUGAGCGAGGACAUUCCACCUUCCCCGACGUUUGUCACUAAAGAUGCGAACUUUGAAAAUGUCGAGACAACGACCGGAUACGAUAGUUUAUCCUCGAACGAAUUGAACCAUCAGCAAAUCCUCGACGACAGACACAGUGACGAUGUCUUCAGAGACGUAGACAGCGGCCAUAACGAAGAUGACUUUGAACUCAAUUCUGCACAGCUGAAAACGUAUACGAGAAGUUUUAGAAAUUACUUACCCGUCAUAGAAAGUCCAGCAGCCGUGGACAUGUGCGUCGUCAACAAUCUGAAGAAUAUCGAACUGACGGCGUCGUACCGACGAACUCUACAAUCGGAUAAGAGUCAGCAUCCGAGUAGCAGUGAUUUCGCAAGCUACGAAGGCGACAGCAAUUCUGAGGAUAAGGCUCAUUCAGAAUCUGACUCAGAAACGCCCACUUCGAGGCCGAAACCAAAGAUCAUCAAACCCGAAAGGCGAGACGAGAGUUUAGACUCAAACGAAUCCGGUGAAAAAGAACACGAGGCACCUAAAGCGGUGAGAGGGAGAAAGAAAGCAAUGUACGUUUCACCAUAUAGGAGGACUGCUCCGAGCCCAAAAAAAACACUAACGUCUCUAACGAAAACCUCGCCUAAAUCUAGCAUGACGUCAAUUAGGCCGUCUACCAGUUCCUCCAAAGCUUACUCUAGUGCCAAACCACCUAGCAGACUGCCACCAACAGCCAAAACUAGCCUCAACACGUCGCCCAAGAAAACCGCACCCAACAAAUCACCAUCAAAGCUUGCUCAAAAACCUAUAACUGUUCCACCAGCUUCACCCAAACCUGUACCUUUAGUUAGACAGGGCACGUUUACGAAGGAAGAGAGCUGUGUGCCGGCCAAAGAUCUGCCGAUACCCGAUAAAAAGACGAACACGCGUAUGGGAAUACCAAGUUCACCCACGAAAGCUGGACCAAACAUUUCCCCCUCCAGACUUCCUCAGUUCAAUCGCUCCCGACCCUCAACUAGUAAAACUACCAAAUCGCCCAAACAAAGUAAUUCCAAACGCAAUUCGGAACCUACGAUGAAAAACUCCGCUUCGAAUCACAGUUUACAAAGCAACGACAGUGGGAAAACAAUAAUACUCGCUCGCGGGUCCAGACAAGGAAGUACUUCGAGCGUAAACUCUAUAUCGUCUUCCAAAACCAAAGACGUUGAGAGCAAAAUUGCUAGUCUAUGGAAAAGAGUUGAGCAAACAAAGAAAUUACCAGCCAAAAGUGACAAAAAAGUAUUUAUCGAAAGCGACAAGACUGAAACGCCGAAACUUAUUCGAAGUUCAACUUUCGAAGGUCAACCGAAGCAGCAGGUCUCUACGGCGACGAAGCAAAAGUCUGCCAUCGGCAUCAGAGUUUCGCAGAUUCCAAGCUUGAGACCAAAAUCGACGCCCAGCAAGACGACGAGCCAAACUAAUGUCAAUAAGAAACCUACGAAAGGAUUCCUAAGGAAAGGAAGCGGGCAAGUCACUUCAUGAACUAAUCUAAUGAACGAAUAAUAUGAAAAAGUUUUAUGGAAUCUGUGCCCGUCCCAAAUGGGUUGUUUUGUAUAUGAGUGAUAUUAUGGAAGAACAGAAAGAUAGAUGGACAAAGAAAAAUUGUUUUUGAUGAAUUGUAAAAUUGUGGGUGCAACAAAUAAAUAAUCAACAGAGAAUUCUUUAAACUUUAUUAUUUUAGUAAUCGACGGGAUUAGGUAAUUUUGAUUUAGUACCGUCUUUUUAUUGAUUUGCUAUAAGUAUGAUUUGAUUGUAACUUAUCGUAUUGGUGCAGAUAUUUGUGUAAUAUCGAUAGUUGACUGAAAAUUGACUAAUUUUUGAUAUGAACUUGAUUUUGCACGUUUAUUACACAUUUUCAAUGAUAUAAUAGUAUGUUUUAUUUUUAUGUAAAAGAAUAAAUGACUUAUUUGAAGGAUAUUGAUUUAAUUUUUUAUGUAUACUUAACACAAAAAUGAGUUAAGUGAACAGUACUUUUUUCUGUUUUAUUAUUUACUUCGUGUAUAUCUGUUGCAUUUAUUUAACUUGUGGGACGAAAUUAUAAUAUUAUUAUUGUCUUUAUAUUAAAUUUAAUAAAUAAAUAAAUAAUCAGUACCUAUGUAAUGUAAGCAUAAUUUUUGUUUAGAAAACGUCACAAUUUUGUAUACUAAAAUUAAACGAGCAUGUUUUAAGGGUAACAAAACGGUGUUGUCUUAAUAAUAAUAAUAAAUAGUUUUUCUUUUAAAUUAUCUUGAGGAUUUAUGGUAUGAAAACAUGAGCUUUUCAUCCGUACAAUUCGUUAUACUUUUGGUAUUUGAAACUCGGUUUCCAUUGUAAAUAAGCUCGCAAUCUAGCUGUUAAGGUUACCAUAUACACACAUUUUUGUAUAUUUUUCAUAAAUAUUCUUAAAACUGAUCGCAUAUUACAAGACACCGAACGCGGCGCUUUUUUCGGAUUAUUCCGUUUAUCCACCCUUAAACACCCACUCUAGGGUGUAUACUCGGAAAUGUGUCCGUUUAUUCACCCAGGACUAAAAAAUAUACAAAUUCCGAUAAUAAGCUGGACAGAGGGUCAUAUUUUUACGAGUAUACACCCUAGGAUGGCUGUUUAGGGUGGUUAAACGGAAUAUAAUGCAUACAUUUUGAGAACCCUCUUGCUAUAUUUGCUCUAUCUGUUUCAGCUGUCAUGUCAAAAGUACGAUUUAGCCUCAGAACUAAAAUCGUACUUUUGACAUGACAUAAAUAUGGCGAAUGCAUUCUCAAAAUGUAUGCACUUUAAGCCAUUUCCUCAUUUUUUUCAUCCUACCUACUAAUGACGUAUCUGUUGGUACUCAAAAACGUUUUGUUGUUGUGUUGUAAUAUGCGUUCAGCAUAAUAUUAUAGUAAUUAAAUAAAGGCAACGUCACACCGCUUCGGAGUAUAAAAUGAUGGCAUAGUGUGUUAUGUCGUAAUUUUUUACGUCUAGUCAGUUUUAAUGUUAGAAUUAAUAAGCGAGGUAGUGAAUUCGGCUUAUGAAUUUUUUAGCGGAAUGCUUUGCAUAAAAUAUUAUUACGUUGCUCCAAAUAUAAACUGGCUUUUCAACAUUUUCAUUCAGUAGGUUCCGUUUUUUUUACAUCAAUCGUAGAUUUAAGCUGAGCGUACAUCUAUCAACACUCCAGCAAUAAGGUCAUAUAGAUUUUUCUUUUGUUUUUGUGUAGGUAUUUGCCCCGGUUUGUAAAAUGCGUCAAUUGAAUGGUAAAGUGUAACAGACUGAUGUGAGCAGAGUAUAUUCUGGCUCACCUUGUAUUUCUUGAGAGAUUUAUUUGUAAGGAUUUUUUCCUACUUUUAAACCAUAUUAUGUCGCAAAUAUUAUAUCCAAUGUAUUUCACUUAUAUGAAUAUAAUCAAAUUAAGUGAUUACGCUAAGCGCACAUUACGAAAAUCGCGUAGCGUUGCACACAAUGCAAUACUGCGUCCUCGUGGAUUUUAAGUUUUUUAAAAUCUCGUGCCAACCUUGUUUUUCCGGGAUAAAAGUAAACUCUGUCCAGGAUGCAACCAGCAAGCUAUCUCUGUAAGUACCUUUCGUAAAAAUCGGGUAUGCGGAUGGACCAUAAAAAUUACAGACGGAUAGACACACUUUCCUAUUUACAGUAUUGGUGUGGAUUGACAGAGUCUAAUUAAUUUACAUUUUUAAAAAUCCUACGAAAAUUAAAAUCGCUUGUACGUACGUACGCAAAUCACGUUGCGUGAUAUUAAAUGUGCGCUAAGCUUUGUUAUAUCCUUGUUUAAUGUACAAUAAUAUCAAUUUUAUUGAACACAAAACUUUUGAACUGAAUUGACUAAAUAGUAGUUCAAUCACAUUUUUCAGUGGAAAAUUGAAAGAAACAGCCUUGAUUUUUAGUUCCAUCAUUUUAGUUUAUUAGUUUUGUGUUCAACAGAAUUGAUACUAUUACCGAAUUACGCUCUUUUAUAAUACUAUUACUUAAUUAAAAAAAUCUCAAUUCUCAACCAACCCUAGUACCUAUUAGAUUUAUCAUUUAGCAUUGCGCUCAAUCGGGACAACUGUGACAGUCAACGAUGUCAUCAGGUUUUUUUUUUUUGAAAUUUAUUAACAAAGGACGCUUUUGUAUUGAAACAAAUUAUUUUGAAGACAAAUCGUGUGAGGACAUGCGGGUGUUCUGGUAUCAGUUGCUAGUAUGGGGUUUCGGGGUUCCGUUGAUUUGACUGUCACAGUUACCCCGAUUUUCAGUAUAUAAAAUGUUCUGUAGCUUCCGAUAAGCGUUAUUCCAUUGUUCAGCGUCAUUUAUCCUAGUGGUUUUAAGUAUGAAUAGUUACUUUUCGGUUGUAUUACCUAUAAUAGUGGUAGUUCUGACAAGCCAGUUUUAGCUAAACGAUGAUUAGUUCAUAAGGUGCGUAAUUUGAUGGUAAUAAAUGGAAUUUACCGCAA